CUCUGAGAGAAAAAAAACAACAACAGAGCGUUGGGUGUGUUUUUGCGGUAAUUUAGUCGUCAGAUUUCGUACUCUUUUAGACUAUUGAGAAUGGGGAGUUUGACCGUCGAGAGUGUGUACCAAAACGGCGUGGCUUCCGAGUUAUGUGUGAAGGGGGAUCCGUUAAAUUGGGAGGUGGCAGCGGAGGCGAUGAGGGGGAGCCACCUUGAUGAGGUGAAACGGAUGGUAACGGAGUUCAGGAAUCCGAUUGUGAGAUUGGGUGGGGAGACGCUGACGGUGUCACAGGUUGCCGGGAUCGCUGUGAGUGGUAACGCGGCGGUGAAGGUGGAGUUGUCGGAGGAAGCGAGGGCUGGGGUGAAGGCGAGUAGUGAUUGGGUGAUGGAGAGCAUGGGUAAAGGCACCGACAGCUAUGGUGUGACCACCGGAUUCGGAGCCACCUCUCACCGCAGGACCAAAGAAGGUGGUGCACUUCAAACUGAACUGAUCAGAUUCUUGAAUGCUGGGAUAUUUGGCAGUGGCACAGAAUCAUGCCACACCCUUCCACAUUCAGCCACAAGGGCAGCCAUGCUUGUAAGAAUCAACACUCUCCUCCAGGGUUACUCCGGCAUCCGSUUCGAGAUCUUGGAAGCCAUCACCAAGUUCCUCAACACCAACGUCACCCCUUGUUUGCCUCUCCGUGGAACCAUCACAGCCUCCGGCGAUCUUGUUCCCUUGUCCUACAUUGCCGGACUUCUCACCGGUCGUCCCAACUCCAAAGCUGUYGGUCCCAAYGGAGAWMUCCUCAAUGCCGAAAAGGCCUUCAGCCUCGCCGGUGUCUCUGGUGGCUUCUUUGACCUACAGCCUAAAGAAGGUCUAGCACUUGUGAAUGGCACCGCCGUCGGAUCUGGUAUGGCUUCCAUGGUCCUUUUCGAAGCCAAUGUGCUGGCAUUGUUGUCGGAAGUCUUGUCGGCCAUUUUUGCCGAGGUUAUGCAAGGGAAGCCGGAGUUUACAGAUCACUUGACACAUAAAUUGAAGCAUCACCCUGGCCAAAUUGAGGCUGCAGCGAUAAUGGAAUACAUAUUAGAUGGAAGUGAUUAUGUUAAGGCCGCACAGAUGGUCCAUGAAAUGGACCCAUUACAGAAACCCAAACAAGAUCGUUACGCUCUGAGGACGUCCCCACAAUGGCUAGGCCCCCAGAUUGAGGUUAUCCGAUCAUCAACUAAGAUGAUUGAAAGAGAGAUCAACUCAGUGAACGAUAACCCUUUGAUCGAUGUCUCAAGAAACAAGGCCCUGCACGGUGGCAACUUCCAAGGAACCCCAAUUGGGGUCUCCAUGGAUAACACACGAUUGGCCAUUGCUGCUAUCGGGAAACUUAUGUUUGCCCAAUUCUCCGAGCUUGUUAAUGACUUCUACAACAACGGCUUGCCCUCCAAUCUAUCUGGUGGCCGGAACCCUAGCUUGGAUUAUGGGUUCAAAGGUGCAGAAAUCGCAAUGGCUUCUUAUUGUUCGGAACUCCAGUUUCUCGCCAAUCCUGUUACGAAUCACGUCCAAAGUGCCGAACAACACAACCAAGAUGUGAACUCUUUGGGAUUGAUUUCUUCCCGUAAAACUGCUGAAUCCAUUGACAUUUUAAAGCUCAUGUCAUCCACAUACCUUGUGGCUCUAUGCCAAGCCAUCGACUUGCGACAUUUGGAGGAGAACUUGAAAGCCACAGUCAAGAACACAGUGAGCCAUGUAGCCAAGAAAGUCCUAACCAUGGGUGCGAAUGGCGAGCUCCACCCUUCAAGAUUCUGUGAGAAGGACUUACUCCGAGUCAUUGACAGAGAAUACGUCUUUGGAUACAUCGACGACGCUUGCAGCAGCACCUACCCAUUGAUGCAGAAACUCCGACAAGUUCUGGUCGAUCACGCUUUAAACAAUGGGGAAAAGGAGAAAGAUGCAGGAACUUCAAUCUUCCAAAAGAUUGGUGUUUUUGAAGAUGAACUAAAUGCCCUUUUGCCAAAGGAGGUUGAAAGUGUAAGAAGUGCGUAUGAUAUCGGCAGCCUAGCGAUUCCCAAUAGGAUUAAGGCGUGUAGGUCGUACCCAUUGUAUAGGUUUGUGAGGGAAGAAUUGGGAACAGAGUAUUUGACAGGGGAGAAGGUGACGUCACCGGGAGAAGAGUUUGAGAAGGUGUUUACUGCCAUAUGCAAAGGGGAAUUGAUCGAUCCAUUGUUGGAAUGUGUUGAAGGCUGGAAUGGUGUGCCCCUUCCAAUUUGUUAGUUCUUUUUAGGCAUUUGACUCUGUUUGUUUCUCAAGUAUUUCUUAAUUGUGUAUCGUUCAUUUGUUGUUAUUUCAUAUACCUGUUUCUUCUCCCAAUAACUUUUGUAUUUAACGAACCAAUAGGAGUAAGUUUGGAUGGUGGUGCUGGUGAAACCCUAAGUUGUUUUGUGAUGAUGAUUUAAUCAUGG